AAACAUUUCAAACUGAAUAAAGCAAACAAACACCGACAUUUAUUAAUAUAUGAUUUUGUUACAACUCUACCAUUCUAUACAUAUAUAUGUUCUUCAUUUAGAAGCAAUGGUUUUAAUCUUUUUUUUAGUUUCAGCACCAUUGGGAAUAAAUUAUCAAAUGACAUAUAUUAUAUACUUAGUCUAGAUCUAUGUGUGCCACAUUGUGAUUGUCCUGUAAACUGGACAGUGAAAUAAUACAAUAAUAGGAGUUUGAUGUAAUAUGAUCUUUUUUUUUAAAGAACAAGAAUUUUUUUUGCUGCUAAUGGAGAUAAGAGAUACUACAUUUCACUGUGUGGGUAGUGCUCAAAUGUGGACCGUUUCAAUUUAAAGUACCAAAAGAAAGAAGUUGAGUUUUCAACUAUUUCAACGCUGCUAAGCAUGCAUAAGUAUCAGGGAUACUAGAAUUCACGAGUCAAGAAACUAUGUUUAAUUGUACAUGUGUUGGUUCAGAUAUCAAAAUGAUGAAACGACCAUUAUCCUUACUGUAAGUCUCAUAAGAAUAGUUGUGCACGACGCUGGUUUGAACAAGAAACACAAGUAUACCAGACUUAUUACUAUACAUGUAAAAACAAAAACCCAAACGAAAGUGUGAUUUCUCUACCUCAGCCGGUUAAGUUGUAAUCAAAGAAGUGAUUCAUUACGCUGUCUACCUAAUAUGUCAGUGUGCACUACUGAAGAAUGUCACUCUAAUAGUACACAAUGUGAUACUAACGAAACAAAGUAUCAUGUCUUAAUAACGAAUAAAUCAAAGUGUUUCAAAGAUUGUCAGCAUGAAACUAAUGUACAUCUUAGAAACGAGAGUUUAAAAGUAUUUAAUCAAAGCAAUUCUUUUUAUCUUGGCGCAAAUCUUAACUGGAAAGAUAAAACUGUAUUGAAUUAUAGGCCAACUGAGACAAGCAAUAAACAAUGGAAAGAGAAGACUAGAGAAACAUCACACGAAAACAGAUUUUGUCAUCAUAAUACAUGUUUCAGGAAUGAGUAUCCCGUAUUAUUUUCCAACGAUAAACAAAUAAUCAACAAAGAAAUGAACACCAGGAGUUUGAAUCGGGAAACAUGUUUUGACAAGGAACUAUUUUCUUUUGUUAACAACGAUUUGAAUGCUGAUACAAAACCUGCAGAGAUUAAUAACUUUAUUGACUUGUCUCAUCUGCUUGAAUCAAUUUGUGCAGACACAAGGGAAGAAGACAAUAACUUAAACUUGUGUAUGAAACCAGACAGUUUAAUCUUGUCUACAAAAUAUUAUGUUGAUAAACAAAACAAUGGCAAAUUUGAUAGGGGCCUUUGUAGCGAUGAAAUAGAAAACUACCACGAUGUGAAUGCUAAUCAAAUGCCGUAUUUACAUGAUAUGAGCACAGGAGACAAUGCAGUAUCAUCCAAAGAUUUAAGGCUACCAUUCAAUGAUAAGACAUUGAAGGCUAAUAAACAUAGCAACAAUCGUUUAUUAUUUUUAGAAUAUCUACUUGAAUCUGAAGCUAGGGUAACACAAAAUACAAAACGCGGUGCUGCAUUGAAGAGAAUGAGACAACUGCGCAAACUUCAAUCGAAGCGAAAUCUCAAGACCAACUUAACAUGUAGACGAUUAAGUUUGUGGGGAAAUAAAGACGAUCAUUUUUUGCAUGAUGCAUUAAAUAUAAAACAAAUUAAGCCAAUGAUGAAACAUACUAAGACACAGCAAUAUAUAAUGAAACAUGACAUGAAGAGUAGCUCUAGAAUCGAUCCUAAUUGUACAGUAUUAAAUGAUAUUGAACUUUCAAAUGUUUCACUUCAGUCUCCAGAAAUACUUUUGACUUCUUCCUCUCUAAAUACAUUUGAUAAGCUUUCUGACAUGAGUUCCUCUUCUUUAUCUCCAGACUCAUUAGAAACGUUGAACUCUGUAACUGAGAGUUUAAAGGACUUCAGUCCAUAUGGGACGUUACAACCUUGUCAAGUCUUUACAACAGAUGCAAAUAUAAAACCCAAUCAACAUCGAGAUACUUAUGAAGAUGUUGAGAUUCUAAGUCAUGAGACAUCUAGUGAGAAGGAUGGAACGUACUUAACAUCGGCAGAGUCAGCGUUAUCCCUUUCAAGUACUAGUGAAGUCUCUAGCAACAAUCAUUGCAAUCCUACGGACAGAACGGAAAUAACAAUUAGUCAAGUAGCUCCAUCAGUUUGUGUCAAUGAAAGUAAUGCUGUUUUGUGUGGAGCGCCUCAAACAAACGUCCAAAAUUAUUUGAUUGAGAUCAUAGGAAAUUCACUGAUCUCAGACAGUAGCAAUAUUUACAUGACAUCAAUAAUUAAGUCAUUAGGCAUUCAGCACUCUUUAACUUCUAAUCAACAAAAAAAAUCAAUAGAAUCCAUGUGUGAUACAGUCUCCACAUCAGUUAUACUGGAAAAAAUAGAACAGACACAAUCCGAGCAAAUCUUAGAUGGAUCAAAUUUGCUUUCUAUAAAACCGAAGCCAAUUCAAAUACUUUCAACCUCUACACGUUUGGAACAAAGAACGUCACCAACCCAAAAAGUGUCAGGGAAUUAUUUGCUAACAAAGGAAGAGCUUCAAGAAGAUAUUGUAUUGGAAAAACCUAAUGCUAAAGUGAGUCAAUGGUCAAACACAUUAAAGCGUAAAGGACCAUUUGUGUGUAACCCUUCGAAUCCUGCACAGUACAGAUACCAACCUGAUGUACAGCUUAGAAAGAAGCUUCGACCAUAUAAAUGCAUUACGUUAAGAAAAAUUUGUCUAAAUCCACGAACUAAAAAUUAUACUGCCAGAGCUCAUGUUGUGAGUACUAUUUCUGGAGCUCUGCCAAAUAAUGUCUUAAUAAGCAGGACAAACAAGAGAGAAGAAAAAAAGAAAAAGGACUGUAAGAAAGAGAAUACUUUAGAGAUGGCUUCAGUUAAACAUCAACUAUUGAAAACAACCAAAAAUAUUUCAAAGAGAACAGAUGUUAAUAUUUUAGACAGCUGUUGUCAAUUUCCAAAGCAAAGAAAAUACCGAACUAGUAACAGUGAGAACUUCUACUGGCAAGAUAAAAGCUAUGUUAAAAAACAUAGCCAGCGAAGAAAAAUGCAUAUUUCUAAAAGAAAAAAAGCAAAUUUACUCUGGAAACGCAAAAUCGUUAAAAUUGGAGAUGAUAGUAGAAAACGUUCGUUGAAUACUAGCCAAGAAAAAUGCCCUUUAUCUCAAUCAACGCAAUGCAAUCAGGAUGAGGCCAAUGCAAGAUGUAAACAUCUUGUUAAAUUUAAGGAACAAAAAUUGAAAAAUAAGAUAUUUUUGAACACAUCUAGUAGUCCAGAAGCUUUACAAUUUAAAGGUACAGAUAUGCUCAACAAUUCUAAUAAAUCCAAAGUAUGUGAACACUUUCAACUAUUAACUCCUGCUUUAAUGUCAAAUCAAAACUCAACAUCAACUGAGAAUUGUAAGAAAUGCCAAUCUGCCAUUCAACAAGUCCGCCAAUUAAAGAGCGAGUUUCAUUCUAAGACGUCAUCCAAACACAAGAAUGAACUGACAUUUUUAGGAAAUCAAUGUGAUGACGUCAUGGCUGUAGAUAAUAGACUUCAAAAUUUAAAUCACCCAAAAGUAUUGAGCAAGCCACGGUCCAACAUUUCAGUCAAUGAAUUUAACAGAUCAGAUCCUUUAAUCAAUAAAAAAAAUAUAUCAAAAUCUUCAAGCAAUCAAUUUUGUGUAUUCAAUUAUACAAAAAGGUCAGAGUCAUCGACAAAUCAUGUACAAAGAUCAGAAUCAUUGGUCAAUCAUUUAAAAUGGUCAGAGUCUUCAGUCGUUAGUUUAAAUAGAGCCAAAUCUUUAGUUAAUCAAUUAGGUGGACCAAAGUCUUUAGUCAAAAAAAUAGAAAGACCAAACACUUCAGUCAGUAAACUAUGUGGACCAAACACUUCAGUCAGUAAACUAUGUGGACCAAACACUUCAGUCAGUAAACUAUGUGGACCAAAGUCUUUAGUCAAAAAAAUAGAAAGACCAAACACUUCAUUCAGAAAAUUAAGUAGACCAGACACUUUAGCCAAUCUAAGACAAAAGUCUUCGGUCAGACAACUGGAGGAACUAAAACCUUGGCUCAACCCAUGUAAUAGUUUCAAACAUUCAGUUACUGAGAAUAAUCAAUCCCAACAUACAGACAAUCCACGCGUUGAGAUUCAAUCAGCAAGUAAAAAAGCUCAACCAUUGUUAGAUAAAGCGAGUACCACACAAAUUUCCGACGUUAAAGAAAUAGAGAAGAAAAACACAAGUCUUCAGAAAUCUUUGGACAUGAAAGAUGUAUUUUCUAGGCUCUGGGUUUCUCAUUCUAAAUGUAUAGGUGACAUAAGCCAUUUAUGUUGUCAACUUCUUAAGGACGUGACCAAUUCAAGUCAGAUCUGCACAUUUAAUAUCAACGAUAUCAAACGUUUAUGGAAUCUAAAUAAACGCUUCAAUACUAAGUGUUCCAAUAAAUUAGUCAAUUAUGGUGCCGAGAGUAAAAAACUGGAUUAUUGCUUGAAAACGAAAAAAGCUAUUGACUUUGAAGAUGCAUCUGAUAAUCGUGGUGUCAUAGGAUGCAUACAAAUGAUUUUAAAGAAACAGAGCAUUGCCUUGCAAGCCAUAGAUAAUGUUUUACAAAUAUUACAAGUCCCUGUUCAAGAUAUUCCUGAGCCAUUAAGUAGGGAUGAUAUUUCUAAUAAAUUCGAUCUAAGAGAGCAGCUAAAACAUGAAAAGCAAAACGUAUUCACAGUGAAGCAUAAUGAGAGAUAUUUUCCUCGACACAGGAUCAUUCAAAAGUUCAAUACCUGUACCAAUGGGAACAUAGCAUCAACUUCUAGGAAGUCACUUCGUACACAACAAUGUAAUGUCCACGUUUCCUACUAGAGAAUUGACAUGUUGAUGUAUUUGCUGUUGUAGCAUUUAUUCUAGACCUGUCAGAUGAGCCUCAUUAAUAUAUUACAAAUAAUUACUAAUGUCUGUAGGGCUUGUUAACACACACUAUAUAUAUGUAUAUUUAAUUUAUAAAUGUUAUAACCCUCACGAAAAUUUUCCAUCUCAUUAUAAUUGAGAUUAUACACUUUUUUUUUUCUAAUUCAUUCAUGAUAUCUGUCAAUGUGAACACGCGUGACAUUAACUUUGGUCUAUCUCUGUCACCGAUAUACUAAAUACCACAUGUCUUCUGUGGCUUUCAAAAAGUGUGGUUUUCACAACAUAUUAUAAUUAUAUUAUAUUGUCAUUAUAAACAAGAAAAACAUUAGAGAACACCUAAUUUAUAUAUAUAAAAAUAGCGAUUAAUUUGCUCUUAAUAGCUAAUGAAUGUUAGAUUUAUAAAAGGCAAUUUUUACCCGCCCCCCCCCCCCCCUAAAAUCCAAGAAAAAAUCCUGGUUAAGCUAAUGUAUAAUUCUACUAGACAUGAUAAUAUUUUCAAUGAUUGGUCUUUAGAUUUGGACCUAGAAGAAGACGCGCGAAAUGUUCCUGGACAUUUAUUAUAUUUUUGUCUUCAUUCGAAAAUACCCGAAGACGUGUGGUCUGUUCUAGAGAAAUAUUUACUAGUUCUCUAGCCAAAUUUAAAUUUAUUUCUUUUUAUACUUUGAAAAAUUACAACGUUCAAACUUACACGGUGAACCUAAGGUUUUAAUUUGUAGUUUCCACAAGAUACGAGUUGAAUGGAGGUAUUGUAAAAAGAAAAAAAAAAUCUUCAAAAACCUGGGUGGGUGGAUACGCACCUCGAAAACGGCUCUAACGAUUUUUCUAAAAAAUUUAAUAGUUUGGGAAAAAAUACUAGCUAUUUGGAAACACUGGAAAACUCUAAGUAUAAAAUAUAUCAUCUAAAUUUAAAUUUGUCAAGAGGACUAGAAAAAUCUCUAUCUUGAACAGACUAUGUAAUCCAGUAGACCCUAUUGAUUAAAUUAGUUUGAUAAAUUAAAAGUCGUUUAGUAACAUCUUCUAGGUCUGGAUCUAAAGGCUAUAAUAAUUCUAUAAACUUUACUAGAUUAACCAGGGGGUAAAAUUUUAGAACUAGCAUUCAUUAGUUAUUUUGCUCUUGUAAAAGAAUUGCUCUAUAGGCUGUAUAAAGGAAGAAAUUGUCUUUUUUAGCGCCCCCAAAAGGGGAAGAGACGCCAUUAGUUUUGAGUGGAAUGUCUGUCCGUCCGUCCCGUUUAGAUCUCGUAAACAAGAAAAGAUAGUUAAAAUCUGACACCAAAAUAUUUUAGACCAUUCAAAGUUCUGAUGCAACUGCUUUUUACUUUUCUGAUAGUGAAAAAUAUAAUUUUUUAAAUCACUUAUGCAAGCAGUUUUUUUCAUAAAAAUACACCACUUUUACAACUAUUCACUAUUAAUAGUAACAACACGGGAGGCUCCUUAGUAGGGGAGUGUACUACCUACCAUAUUGUUACGUAUUUCUGAAUCUUCUGGCUAAAUGUAUUAGUAGGCACACAAAUAAAAACACUGCAAAGAACUUGACGACUAAACUUUCAGUUUCAUAUAACUUUAAUGACUAUUAACUCUAACAAUUCGUUACUGUAACAUGUAGCGUAGAAGACUGUACAAUAUCUGUCAGUUUACAAUCAGCUAUACUUCGUUGCAAUUCAUAUCUUCUCAACUUGCAUCGAGCCGUAUUCCACAGAACAGACCAACGACACACUUCCCAGUGUCGCUCCAGGUCUCUUAAAGCUGAACCAAGUCGUACCCAAGGCUACCGAAUCAGAGCCGCACACGUCUUACAUCGACUGUAUCGACUGUAACGGCUCAAGUCCACUGUAGUUCGCUGUAUAGACUUUAACGACAGAAGUCCACUCCAGUUAACUCUACCCUAGUUAACUUGCAUCGAGUCGUACACAUUUCUCUUCCACAGAGCCGCACACGUCUUACAUCGUCUGUAUCGACUGUAACGGCUCACUCACGACUCCAUACGACUGACUUUCACAUCAACUCUCUGGCUUAUAUAGAGUCCCUAAUCGCUCCUCCAAAGUUGCACAAACACUGCUAGUAUCAUCUGGAACAACACAUGAGGAAACGUCACAUCCUGUCUUUGUUUUUACAAGUAGAGUCCAGAGAACAUCGGCUGCAAUGUCAUCUUGCUGGGGUCACAAGUUGUGACCUCUAUCUGUCACUGGACAUUGCUAGUACCCACUGGAAUAACACGUAAGGACACGUCACAUCCUGUCUUUGUUUAUACGCGUAGAUUCCAGAGAACACCGGCUGCUGUGUCAUCUCGCUGGGGUCACACGUUGACCUCUACUUGUCACUGUUCAUUUGUAACAAUAUUAUUAACACAUUUAUACUAACGGUUUUAGAUUUUUUGUAAAAAAUUUUUUUUUUAAUUUGUAUUGCUAAGUUAAGUAAGAUCUGUUAUACUCUGUGGCAUUUUAAGUCUCGAGAGACGAUCUUUUCCCUUUGCAACUUCUUGUGUGACUAAAGAGGCCAAUCCUUGAUACACAGCUGCGAUCGCAGGUUGGGCAUAUAUAAUCACCAGGCGCCGUUGCAUUUUCACCCUUCAUUCUGCUUCUGUUGUGUAUGACAUCUGCAAUCUGUGAUCCUUCCUUUAUGCUCUCUCUCCAUGUGGAUCGGUCCAGUGCCACCUCUUCCCAGUCGCCAGUGUCGAUUUUGAAGAGCUUCAUGUCGCGUUUGCAUACAUCCGUAUAACGUAAAAGUGGGCGACCAGCGGCUCUCCUGCCUUCUAUUAGAUCGCCAUACAGAAUGUCCUGUGGAAGUCGACCUACUGGCAUUCUACGAACGUAGCCAAGCCAGCCAAGGCGUCUGCUGCUGAUAACAGAGAGGAUGUCCUGGCACCCUGCUCUUUGUAGCACUUCCUCAUUGGUUAUCUUAUCUUGCCACAUUAUUUUAAAGAUCCGCCUUAGGCAUCGGAGGUGGAAGACAUUCAGCUUUUUUUCCUGCCAUGAGUAGAUUGACCAUGUUUCACUUCCGUACAGCAAGGUGCUCAACACACAGGUCCGGUAGACUAGGGCUUUAGUACUGUUAGUCAGCAAUAUGUUAUCCCAGACUCUUUUCUGCAACCGUGACAUGGUGGCCAUUGCCUUGGCUAUCCUGUUGUUUAUGUCUUUAUCCAGUAGAGUGUUGUUGGAUAUGAUGGAGCCAAGGUAACAAAGUGAUCAACAAUUUCUAGUGGUUGGCCAUUAAUGCUUACUUGAGGUGCAGUGUUUGUGUUUUGGACAAGUAUCUUAGUCUUGCUUUGACUGAUGUUUAAGCCGAACUUCUGGCAAGCAGCAGAUAGUUUAUCAACCAUGGACUGUAGCUGAAUAUCAGAAUCAGCCACAAUAGCUGCAUCAUCAGCAUACAGGAGUUCCCUGACGAGUAGCUUCCUAACCUUGGUUUUUGCCCGCAGCCUUGAUACAUUAAAUAGUUUUCCAGAGGAUCUUGUAUGGAGAAACACACCUUCGUUUAUGUCGCUGUACGCAUAAUGCAGUAGACAGGAGAAGAAUAUGCCAAACAGAGUAGGUGCGAGCACACAUCCCUGCUUGACACCACUGCAAACCUCAAAAGGUGCUGAUUGGGCUCCAUUGAAUUUGACAGUACAUUUAGUUUCCUCGUGAAAACAAUUAACUUCAAUAGUUUAGGAGGGCAACCUAUUUUCCUCAGGAGUUUGAAAAGGCCACUUCUGCUGACCAUGUUAAAAGCUUUAGUCAGAUCAACAAAACAAUGUAAAGGGGUCUGUCUCUCUCUCUGAAUUUCUCCUGCAGUAGUCGUAGAGAAGAUAUCAUGUCUUUAGUGGAUCUACCUCUCCUGAAUCCACACUGAGACUCUGGGUAGAUUCUAGAAGCUAUCACUUGCAGCCUGAAUAGUGCCACUCUAGCAAAGAUUUUGCCCACUAUACUGAGGAGAGAGAUACUCCUAUAGUUGUUGCAGUCACUCCGAUCUUCUUUGUUCUUGUAUAUUGUGACUAUAGUUUCGUCACGCAUGUCCUGUGGGACAUGACCUGUUUCCCAACAGCGGCAGAGGAGAAUAUAGAGUUCAGGGAGCAGGAGUGAUUCGUUGACUUUCACUAUUUCCACUGGGAUACCAUCGUUCCCAGGAGAUUUUCUAUUUUUUAAGCAGUUAAUUGCUUUUGAGGUCACUAAGGCUCGGAAGCUCAUCUAGGCAUUUCAGUACUGAAAGAUCUGGUAGAGAAGCCAGGGCGACAUCGUCUACUGUAUUCUGUGUGGCAUAGACUUCGAGGUAGUGUUCUGUCCAUCGUUCUAGCUGCUUGCUUUGAUCAUUAAUUUUUUCUCCUGAUUUGGAUAGAAGGGGGGCAAACCUAGACACUGUUGGACCCAGGGCCGCUUUAAUGACAUCAAAUAGAGCUUUGCUAUUUCCUGAGUGGAGACUGUCUUGGAUUCUGUUGCAGGUAUCCCUCCAAAAGUUUUUAGCACAUUUUCUAGCCAUUUGUUUCGCCUCUUUAUUAGCACUUUUGAAGGCCUCCAAAGAUUUUGGAUUAGGCUUUGUCUUGUGAGCGAGGUGUGCAGAUCGUUUUUUCUCGAUGCAAGGUUCCAUAUGUGCUAGAUUCGCCUCAAACCAGUCUACAUUUUUGUGUUUUUGAGGCCCAAAGGCGGUGAUUGCCGAACUGUAGAUUACGUCUCUUAAUUUCUCCCAUCUGAUAGAGAUGUCUUCUUCAUUACUUAACGAGGGGAUUGAACUGUUCAGGAGCUCGCCAAAGAGUGCACACUUCUCUGGGUCACCUACAUAGUUGACGUUAAUUCGCCUAGUUCUGGGUUGAGUGGAAGUGUAAGCCUUCUUGAGAAGUAGCUUGAUUUUGCUUAGCACUAGUGAAUGGUCCGAGUUGCAGUCCGCACUAUGGUAUGAACGGGUGUGGAUGACACUUUUCAGAUCCAUCCUUUGAGUGAUGCAAAGCUCAAGCUGGUGCCACCUUUUUGAGCGUGGGUGCUGCCAAGAGACUUUAUGGCGUUCCUUGCCAGAGAAGAAUGUAUUUGUUACACACAGUUCAUGAGAGCUACAGAACUCGAGUAGCCUUUGGCCAUUGUCAUUUAUUUUGCCAACACCAUGAGGUCCCAAGCAUUUUGGCCAUGCAUCAUUUCCAUCACCAACACGGGCAUUAAAGUCUCCAUUUAUAUAGAGGUGCUAGGACUUUGGAAUACUUUUAAUUACGUCCUCUAGAGCUUAAAAGAAUCUGUCUUUGUCCUCUUCUGGUGCAGCAAGGGUUGGUGAGUAAGCACAGAUUAUAUUAACUUUGCCUUGCGGUGAUGCAAAUUUCAUGUGUGCUACUCUUUCAUUGCCAAUGGGAAACAUUGCAAUGCAGGGGACGAGACUGUUUCUUGUUGCGAAGCCGACACCAUGUAUUCUAGGGCUUUGUUCUGGUUUUCUUUGCCAGUAGAAUGUAUAGUUGCUUUCUGUAAGAGAUCCACUGUCUGCCAGUCUGGUUUCUUGCAGACAGGCCACAUCAAUGUUUAGUCUGCUGAGUUCUCUGUCGAUGAUAGCUGUUUGUCGCAUGUCGGUAACGAGUUCAGGGUCAGUAUUGAAGCCGGGACACAUUGUCCGUAUGUUCCAGCUUGCUAAACGCAUUAAUGGUGAUGGUUUUCUUUUGAUUUUAUUUGCAGGUGCGGGUGAGCAGCCUGCUUUUUGAUUUUGUCUUAGCACCAAGCACCCAGUGGUGCUGCAAGCUGUGGCGGGAUAGCACUUUAUUGUCCGAGGGCUGCUCGGCUUAAGGCAGGCAGUAGCUAUCCAGUGAGACUAAAAAGCCCCUCCUACCGUCAAGAGUGGUCCCUGGCGUUCCAGCUUACGCCAACAGCUAGUAACUACCGGUAACUACCACUCUCCGUGUUUUUCAAAGACAUUACUGUCAGAGAUGGAGUGACCUCUCCAUUGCUGAGGGAAAGCCUGGGCGGUAAAUUUGCGAGUGCUGGGCUUCCCACACGUCAGCACACGCCUCUCUUCCAUACUGACCGGGUCCAAAGUGAUGGCGAGCCAUCACAAUUUGGGGACAGUUGGCUGCAGGAGUUUGCCAGAGAGCAGUAGUCUUACUACUGUCCCCCCGCCUACGAGGCUCCAGGACCGGAUUUUCUGUUAGGGUUUACUCCCUUAGCCUUAGACCUUACAGGGACACACACACAAGGCAGUGCGGCUAUUGACCUAUAGCUAGGGGUUUGGUUUAUGGGCAACAGGGCGUGUCCGCACGCCGACGGGCCAUGCCUGCCUCACAUCUUGGGGCCAAACCUCCUCCGAGACCCUUGCAGUUUAGCCAUCUGCCACCACGAGGAGGUACUGCAUAGGACUUGCUGUGGAGAGGCUAUGUACUGGCAAGAGAGACUUACAAAAUUGCUCCCCUUUCACAGAUGCUAGCCAGCGGUGGCAACAAGUUAAGCUACCACACUAGACGCUUCACACAGCCAUUGGACAGUUGUUAUACUAACAACUACAUUUUCACACAAAAUGUUUACUUUUUUUAAAAAAGAAUAAAUCUAUUUAGUAUGAAGUUGGAUAUAAUUCAAAACAAUUAAUUAGUAGUUUUUCAUUAUAUCGCGUGAACUGCAUUGUUACUUCAUGGCGAUAGAACAUUGAAAUAAAGGAUUUUUUUUUUUUUACGGAAACGUUUUUUUCUUGAGGAAUAAGAUAUUGUCUCUUUACAAAACAAUUAGAGCAAUUAUACAUUCAUUAUAAGACAUUAGUUAGGCCAGGUUCACAUCUAACUUCACAUUCACUUUCACCUAUCCUUUGGUUUGUGGACCGCUGGGGCAACACACAAUAUCCGUCAACCUUCUUUCUCCUUUCUUCUCAGUCAUUUUUCUUUGAUAGAAUUUCAUUCUGAUGUUUUUUCUGAAAAUAUUGAAACCUGCCUUGUUACCUCCCUGAGUGGACCACUUCGGGAACCGAUUUUGAGUUUGUGUCUCCACACAAACUGUCUUUGUAACCUUGUUUUUUUUUUUUUAAUUAACUAAUUUUAUACAAUUCCUUUUAUUAGCUUUCAAACUCUUCAUGGGUUACCAAGCCUACAUCUAUAUUACCUAUAUUAACGAGAAUUGUAUUUACUUGCAAUACAGUUAUACAUAGUACAAAACCAAAAUGGGGCGUGGUAAACAAUAUUUUUUGUGCUAAUUUUUUAAAUUCCUGAUUUUACCGUUAUACAUUUUCAAAAUAGAAUCAUCUUAAAAUGAAAUUUGAUCUGGAGAUCUAUCUCUUCAACAAAUAUCACUUGAAACUCCACAAUAUAUCCAAUAAAAAGUUAAAUUAACAAUUAGACAUUCAGGAACAUUGUGUGCACCAUCUUAUCCAGAAAUCGGUCUAGACUACUUUCUUUUUAUGUUUCUAAGCCUCAAUGUAUACCACAAAAUAGAAUCUUCUAAUCCAUAUCUAACUUGAUCCAGUAUUCUAUUCUAGAAUAUUGUCGUAUAAUAUUACAAAGUCUAGAACUAUAUCAAAAAACUAGAAUUGUAUAUACUUUGAGUAGAUUUCUUGUAGAAAUAUCUUUCGGUAGAGUGGGAUGUAGCUCUCAUUCAUUAGUGAUGAAGAUGAAAGUGAUCGCUCUUACAAAAAUCAUCAGCUUCAUAAAGAAGAAAUCAUCUUUAAAAAAGCAACUGUUUCUUUUGUUACUUGUGACAUCAAUUUUACAAUCUAAAACUAUUGCCGUAAUUUUGAUUUUCUUUUAUUGUGCUAUGAUUUCGGUGUAGCAUUCAAAGUUUUGUAAUAAUUUUUAGCAGGUUCCAUUUUAAAGCAAAUUAUUUUUUCAUUCAUAUAAUUGAUUGUAUUUUAAAACUUGUAGCAAUCUUUGUUUCAUGUUGGUUAAAGGUGGCUAUAAUUAAAAAAAAAAAAUUCUCUUUUAAAUGUUGUUUCUUUUUCUAGAAUAAAUAGUUAGAUUUUUUAUACCAAAAAAAAAAGUAUCGAAGCUAUUUUAAUUAAAUAAAUUAUAUGUUACCAAUUAUCUUUUGUAUAUUAUCUAAACACUAAACAUUUAAGUUAUUGUGCUAUACAUGCCUAAUUUGUUUUUAAAUUAAAAUGUAAUUAUUUAUACUAUAUCGCAAGUCGCUGCAAGACAGAACCCCAUAACAUUGUCACUUGCCAUAUUGAGACUUUGAAAUAACAUGAUAGUACAUACAUGAUGACAUCGUACAUAGCUGACAGUUCAAGGCGUACACAAGAGACAUACAAGAAAGUGACUCUUGUAAUGUCAAUGUUUCAUCUUUCAUCAUGCAAUACAAUUGUUUUUUUCUUCAUUUAAAAAGGUUACACUAUAAUGAAAUGUGUAGGUAACUAUAUGGAAUCCUUCAAAUCAUUCCUUCUAAUCAUAUUAUGUGGCCUCCUUCAGUGGCGAAAUGAGGUGAAUGCCUGGGCAUUAACUGUCACACGGCCCACACAACGGUUCCUCCCUCUUCACGCAGCUAAUGUAUCCUAAGGAGUGCCUAGUUACAGUUAGGGAUCAGCGCCGCCUCCUUAUUUUUUCCCUGGGUUAACUUCCGAAGCCUUUCUCAAGAUUGGGUAUAGCUAAAAGAAUGUUAUGUAGUAAAAGACAUAUAUGUAAAGUCAAUGUCUCAAAUUUUUUUACAUUAUAUUUACUUUACUUAUCUUUUAUAUUCUUUCAUUUGUGUACAAUUCCAUCAUUACAUUUAUGUUUUUUAUUCUUAUAAUUUAAUUACAAUAAAAUUUGAGUCGGUUCUUCA